AUGUCAGCCAGCGAUUCAGCCGAUAUGAAGGACGCCACCAUAGGCUUCGAUUGGGUCCUAAGCCAAGAUAAAAUCCGGGAUGGACAACACGGUCCCGUCUUUUUGGCCCUUAGAGCUGAUACGGGGGAGCUCAUCACAGCGGAUAAAUGGGACCUGGAAGGGCCUGGAGAUUCAUCUCUACGAGAGAGUAUUGUGUCACAUCUGGGAAAGAAGCAGAUGAGCCCAAGUCAGCCUAAUAUCGUCUCGUACUUGGGAUAUCAGCUCAAGGAAGGACACAUCUUCGUGCUUAGAGAGCACCUGGCCGCCGGCACCCUACAAGACUUUAUUCAGAAGCACAGUGUUAUCCCGCAGCCUCUCAUCCGUGGCAUUCUUCGCCAGGUUCUGCUUGGCCUUAAGCAGCUACAAGGGCAGGGAUUCGCUGUGGUUUUCCUGGACGCGGGGAACAUAAUGAUGGACAACAAAGCCCGUAUCAAAAUUGAGGCGCCAAUUCUCGACAUGACUAUCACCGGACACCCACUACCAUCUGCUGUCUUGACAGUUCCUGAAAUCUUACUGAGCCAGGGAAACAUGCGGAAGACGGACGUGUGGCUGUUUGGGAUUGUGGCAGCCCAACUGGUAUCAGGUGAUUGCAGCCUUUCAGCCGCCAUCGAUAUCGCCACGCGAAUCCAACAAGCCGACGGAUCAGCAUGGGAGGUUCCGAUCCCUCCAAAUGUGAAGAGGAGCGAGCUUGACAAGCAGGCAUCAGAUCCCAUACGUAAAUGCUUCACCUCGUGA